UUGCAUUCUUAAAAGCUUACUAGAACCUUUAACCAGGUGACACUGCUUCUGCACCCUUGUGUAGGAUUUAGAAUGAUGCAUGCAAUUUCAUUACAAUGAAACUUUGAUAGGAUUGAAAACCCAUCCUUUUUACUAUUUCAAAGCAAACUAUUCUGUAAGUUAUAAAUCAAUAGACACUUGCCACUGCCCAUUCUUAUUAAAAGUGUACAGAUUUACACUGAAUGUGCUUCAUUUUUUGAAUGACUGCAGGUCGAGGAGAUAUGGAUCAGAACGAAUCAGACAAUCGCAGAAUAAUUCGCUAUCCAGAUAGUCACCAGCUCUUUGUUGGCAACUUACCACAUGAUAUUGAUGAGAAUGAACUGAAGGAAUUCUUCAUGAGUUUUGGUAACGUCGUGGAACUUCGCAUCAAUACUAAAGGCGUUGGUGGAAAACUUCCAAACUUUGGUUUUGUAGUGUUUGAUGACUCUGAGCCAGUUCAGAAAAUUUUAUUGGCAAAAGUAAGUUACUUGUCCAUAGUCCCUGUUUGGCAUUUGCCAGAGAGAGGGGAUUCUAUUUGAAUUCCUGUGUAUAAAUGUUCUGAAUUCUGUAUUCUCGAGACUUUUACGGCAUUGAAUGUCAUAUUCUAAAAUAUGGCUUUGGAAUAUUUCUCCUUGGAGUACAAUUUUCCCUACCUGCAGUCUUAAGUGGUCAGGAGAGUCCAAUCUAUCAGCUCAUUCUAAUCAAGUCUAAUUUUUAAUGUACUAUGCUUUCUUUGUGUCAUCCUGUUGUGAGGAAAAUGUAAAUUCUAACUGAAGGUCUGUUCAGAUAACAUUUGCUAGCCCCUAGUGUAUCUAUACUGCACAGUGAAAUCCAGGGACAGGCUUUGCACUUCCUUUCUUCAUCCCCUCUCCACUGAUAAUUCUAACAGCAUAUCAACUAUAGUUUGGCUAGAGUUUUUUUUUAAUUGAAAUAUGCAUUCUUCGUCGUGGCCUCUGUGCAUCACAC